CCUAGCCGCGCACAGAAAGGCUCAGUGUGCGCGCGGGUUCCUUGGCCGCCGGCUCUCGCCAGGAUCCUUCUCGCGUCCCGGGAGCCGGCGUUGUUCUGCCGUGGAGCCAGCGGGAGCGCCGUGUUCUUUUGGUGCCAGGGUCUCCUUCCCGCAGGGAGCGCCGCUCUCCGGCCCGCGCCGUCUCAGCGCUCGCUCUUGCAGCCCGUGUGUCAGCCCCGUCGUCCCUCGCCUGCCCCGUGGUUCGGCGCUCGCCGGGGAGAUGCGGGGCCUGUCCGGCUGGAUGGUGCUCCUGGUGCUCGGCACUUGGCUGCGGCUGCGGGCGAAGGGCGCCAUGCCCCUGGCUGACUUCUACCCCUUCGGGCCGGCGCAGGGGGACGCGGCCACCCCGCAACAAGACGACGGCGGCUCCGGACUCCGGCCCAUCGCCGUGAAGUUCCCCUUCUUCGGCGCAGCUCACAUGGCGCUCUACGUCAACAACAAUGGCAUCAUCUCCUUUUUGAAAGAAGUUUCUCAGUUUACACCAGUGGCUUUCCCCAUCUCCAAAGACCGACGUGUAGUUGCUGCUUUCUGGGCAGAUGUCGAUAACCGCCGUGCAGGGCAAAUAUAUUACCGGGAAACGAAAGACCGAGUGAUCUUGCAGAGGGCCACUAAGGACAUCUGGCAAUAUUUCCCAGAAUUCCCAGAGUUCUCUGCCCAGUGGGUAUUUGUGGCCACUUGGUACCGUGUCACAUUCUUUGGAGGAAGCUCACUUUCUCCGGUGAACACUUUCCAAAUAGUCCUCAUCACUGAUGGCAUGCUUUCCUUCACUAUCUUCAACUACAAGUCCAUCACCUGGACCACCGGCAUGCAUGCUAGCAGCGGAGGAGACUCAGCAGGCCUGGGAGGCAUUGCGGCCCAGGCAGGUUUCAAUGCCGGUGAUGGAAAACGGUAUUUUAACAUCCCCGGAUCCCGCACUGAUGACAUUGUCGACGUGGAGAUGACGACAAAUGUGGGUAUCCCCGGGCGCUGGGUGUUCAGAAUCGAUGAUGCCCAGGUGCAAGUGGGGGGCUGCAACAACACAACUUCGGUGUGCCUGACACUCCGCCCUUGUCUGAAUGGAGGGAAAUGUAUUGAGGACUGCAUCACAGGGAAUCCCUCGUACACCUGCUCUUGUCUGGCUGGCUUUACUGGAAAGCGAUGCCAUAUUGAUGUGGAUGAGUGUAUUUCCAAUCCAUGUCAAAACAAAGCCUCCUGUAUCGAUGGCAUCAACAGCUUCAGUUGUUGGUGUCCCCCAGGAUUUAAAGGAGCUGCAUGUGAAAUUGAGAAGUCUCCGUGUGAAGCCAAAGAAUGCCAGAAUGGUGGGGAAUGCCAAGCAGCAAACAGAACGGCUGUGUGCCUUUGCCAGCCAGGUUAUACAGGAGAAGAUUGUGAGACAGAAAUAAAUGAAUGCGAUUCCAACCCAUGCCUGAAUGGUGGGCAAUGUAUGGACCUGGUGGACAAUUACACCUGUGUGUGUGUGGCGCCAUUCACAGGACCGCGCUGUGAAACAGAUCUUUCAGCCUGUGAGGGUAGGAACUGCAGGAACCGACAGACGUGCAACUAUAUUCGCCCAGGGCGCUACAUCUGUACAUGCUCUCCAGGCUACUAUGGGAACAACUGUCAAUAUGGUGGGCCCAGAAUGCCCAGCGCAUGCAUCUCCAAUCCAUGCCAGAAUGAGGGCACUUGCCUUGAAAGCAGCCAAGGUUAUGUGUGUGAGUGUGCUGAGGGAUACACAGGCACUGACUGUAGAGAGAAGCUCUCGGAGGACUGCGAGUGUCGAAAUGGGGGAAAGUGUCUGGAUGGAAACGUCACUGUAUGCCAGUGCCCACCAGGAUAUUUUGGUCUCCUCUGUGAAUUUGAAGUGACUGCUACACCUUGCAAUAUGAACACCCAGUGCCCAGAUGGAGGUUACUGUAUGGAGUAUGGCGGGAGCUACCUUUGUGUGUGCCAUACAGAUUAUGGCACUAACCACACUGAGCCACCCUCUCCUUGUGACUCGGAGCCUUGCCUGAACGGUGGAUCAUGUGAAGCUCAAGAUGACUCCUACAUCUGCGAAUGCACCCGAGGCUUCAUCGGCAGGCACUGUGAGAAAGCAAGGCCAAAGCUGUGCAGUUCCGGACCCUGCCGCAAUGGAGGGACGUGUAAGGAAUCGGAUGGUGAAUACCACUGCACCUGCCCCUACCGCUUCACGGGAAAACAUUGUGAGAUAGGCAAACCUGACCCCUGUGCCUCAGGGCCUUGCCAGAAUGGAGGCACCUGUUUCCACUACAUUGGCAAGUACAAAUGUGACUGCCUCCCAGGGUAUGCUGGACGGCACUGCGAGAUAGCACCUUCUCCAUGCCUUCUGCGUCCAUGUGAAAAUGGAGCGACUUGUGAAGAUCUUGGCAACAGCUAUUUCUGCACAUGCCCAGCUGGUUACAGGGGAAGGCACUGCCAGUCAGAGGUGGAUUGUGGUAUCCCCAAGGAGGUCAAGCAUGCUCAGGUGGCAUUUAACUCCACAAAGAUGGGCUCUCUGGCAGAAUACCAGUGUGAUCUUGGUUACAGUCUGAGUCCCCAGAAGAAUCCCAGGGUGUGCAGAGCACAAGGCUCCUGGAGUGACCCUCCAGAGUGUAAUGAAAUUGACGAGUGUAGAUCUCAGCCGUGUCUGAAUGGAGGCUUGUGUAAAGAUCAAAUUGCCACUUUCCUGUGCUUGUGCAAAGCUGGCUAUACAGGACACCACUGUGAGUUGGAGAUUGAUGAAUGUCGGUCUGAUCCAUGCAAAAAUGGUGGGAGCUGCAAAGACCAACCAGGAUCCUUUACCUGCCAUUGUCCGGAGGGCUUCAUUGGAACCCAGUGUGAAACAGAAGUGGAUGCCUGUGAAUCAAACCCUUGUCGGAAUGGAGGAGAUUGUGAAAAUUACAGUGGUUCCUACCUGUGUGUCUGCCCAGAGGGCUUCUUUGGCUACCACUGUGAAAUAGCUAGUGACCCCUGCUUCUCCAACCCUUGCGGGAGCAGAGGCUACUGUCUGCCCAGUAACACAUCUCACAUCUGCACCUGCAAAGUGGGCUAUACUGGCAACAACUGUGAGAAAGAGCUGCUGCCACCAACGUCAUUAAAGGUGGACAAGGUGGAGGAGACUGGGCUCUCAAUCUCUUGGCGCCCUCCCAAGGACCCGGCUGCCAAGCAGAUGAUUGAUGGCUAUGCCGUGACGUACAUAUCCUUCGACGGCUCUUACCGCUGGACUGAUUAUGUGGACCGAAGCCGUGCUGUUCAUCGUUUGCGGGCGCUAGCCUCUGGCAAAGCCUACAAUAUUUCUGUCUUUUCAGUCAAACGCAAAUCGAACAACAAGAAUGAUAUCAGCAGGCCCGUCAUGCUUGUCACACGUACUAGACCUCACUCAGUGGAGGGAUUUGAAAUUGCCAAUGUGACUGCCACAACCAUUACUGUGCAAUGGGCUCUCCACAGGCUUAAGCACGCCACAGUCAGCAAGGUGCGUGUGUCCAUACGGCAGCCGGAUGAUGUAGAGGAUCGUGCUGUGGAGUUAAACAAUACUAUGACCAAAUACACAUUCUGGGACCUUCAGCCGGGGCAGAAGUAUCUUAUUCACAUGUGGACCCUGAGUGGCUUCAGUGCAGAAGACCAUCCCACUGAGAGCUUUGCUACAGCACCUUUCUACGUGUGGACACGACCUCUUCCUCCUAGAAACCUCACUGCAUCCAGAGUCACAGCCACCUCUGUUCAGAUGAUCUGGGAACAGCCCCUAGUUGGCUCAGGGGAAGGUUACAUAAUCAAUGUCACCACUAGUCAAAAUGUGAAGAGUCGCUAUGUGCCCAAUGGAAAGCUGUCUUCUUACACAGUGCGUGACCUGAACCCAGGUCAAAGAUAUCACUUAUCAGUGAUGGCUGUUCAAAAUACAGAUCAAGGACAAGUAACUAGUGAACCUGCCCAUCUCUACAUUACAGCCUUUCCAUUGAAACAUAAUUAUCUCCGGUCUGCAGUGCAGAAGGAUGGCACCCCAGAAAGGCGCUGGAGCCAAACAGGGCAUCCUCACGUGCUGAGAAACCGGGUCCCCCCAGCAUUCCUGCCAGAACUGCGUCUGCUUGCUGAUCACAACACUCCUGAGGAACCCUCACAAGCACCCAGGUUUACAGAGCUAGUGGAUGGCAGAGGGAGGAUCACCACUAAAUUCAGCGGCUUGCCAAGUAGAUCUGUCACAGUGAGAACACAACCUGAGGCUCCCACGAAAGUGGAAGAAAAUGUGGAGGAAUCAACCAAACAAGUCAACUUGGCACUGCAGCUGUCAGACCCUGAGAGUAGCAAGAGAGAAAGUGACAAGCAGAACUGUUCCAUAAACAUCUGCAAAAAUGGGGGGACCUGUGUUGCUAGUGCAGAGUCUUACCAUUGCGAUUGUAAUCCUGGAUUUAAGGGCAGGCAAUGUGAACUAGACUUCUCUCUCUCUCCCACCCCCGUCCCCUACCUCCCCAAUUUCUCUCUUCAGCCUGCAAGAAGAUGCCUCAGCCUUGUACUCGGCUUUACUCAGAAACCAAAUCCUUCCCAGUCUGGGAAGGAGGUGUCUGCCAUUAUCUAUACAAGAGGGUCUACAAGGUGCACCAGGAUGUCUGCUACAAGGAGAGCUGUGAGAGUACUGUUGCAAAUAAGGCACUCAGCAGAAAACAAAGUAACAGACACUGAAGCCAUACAGUUCCAAAACCAUCAUUUCUGCUAACUGGAUUAGAUAAAAAGGGAGAUCCCUCCAACAAGUUCUAUGGACCUUCUCUCCUUUGCCUUGUUCUGGAGGUAUUCACCAAAUAGCCAUAUCCCUCUGUCUUUGGCAGGAUUAUAAGGAUCCGCUUGCCUUCUCUUCAUAGCACCUGAAUUUUUUAUACAAGAUGAAUGACAUGUUAGGAAAGUGUCUCUCAGGACGGAAGUCCAUCGUGGGCCACUUGCAGCAAGAGCAGGGCUCAAACUUUCAUCAGUGAUGGAGAUACUGGUGAUAUAAUCUGCGGUUAGUGGACAACUUUAGAAGAAAAACAAGCCCUGAAACAAAUGUUGGUCUAGAUUAUAACCAAAAAGGGAACUUCCCUGCCAUGAAAUUUGAUGUUCAAAGCCAAUCACAAGUGUAAAAUAUUCCCAUUUGCAAACAGAGUGGCUUUAAAAACACACACACUCUAGGUUCUUUUCCUGUUCCUCCCUUCGCAAGAUAAGUUAAUGAAAAACAACAAAUUUGACAGCUAGUGAUCUGCUCUGCCUUUCUUUUGCUUACAAAUUGCUACCAUUUCAACAGUAAGUGCAGAAAAAAGGCUGUAGAAACUGGAAAUCUUCCAAAACAGAUCAAACAGGCUUGUAGUUGUUCUACCUAUGGACAUGCUGUUCUAUAAAACGACUACAGGACACCAUAUCUUGACAACUAAAGAUGUUUUAAAUUCUUCUAACCUGCUUCUUUUUCUGCAAAGGGUAAAGCAGUUGUGUUUCCUUUUAUAAGACAGGAUUGUGGUGCCAAUGGAGGAAAACAGUAGUGUGUUACAUUUCUUCCUUCUUCCCAGGUGUUUAUUUGCUACAAUACCUAAGGACAGCCAGCUACUCAAGGAGCCUUAAUAGUUCCUAGAUUUGUAAGUUUGUAUGACUAGCUAAAUAUAAGAUUGUCUUUAAUAUACAUCCACUGUACAUUUUAUAAAUACAACCAGAGGUUCGGUUAUAGUUUACCUAUUAUUCCCAUAAGUGGUGAUAGAUCUCUAGCAGCCCAUUUGGUUAUUACAGAAAAAGCAGCCUUGUUCCCUAGAAAGUUAAUUGUGGUAGCCUUUGAGAGUUGUAAAUAUACUUUCAUCCGAAAGUGAGAGCACUGACUAUUCCUAGCAGGAAAAGGAGCAACACCAUGCCCUUCCCAGAUAUAGCACAAAAUGGUGGGCUUUAAGAGUAGGGAUAAUUGGAAAGAAUGUUGAAAGUUUAUUCUAGUUAUUUACAUAUGUUUUGCAGACGUAUCAGCUGAAGAUUCCCCCCCCCCUUCAUAAAAACCGUACAACAUUUCUCAUUGCUAAAAAGCCUUCUAAAAAGCCUUGGGAAAGAAUACUCAUGUGAUAUAAGAGGAAACAAUAUACUUAAGGUGGACACUAGAUCUCCUAUUUCUCUCCAUUACUAAUUACAGCAUUUAUCAGGAUGUUCUUUAAUUUGGCCUGUGUUUAUGCAAAGAAAUGGAAAUCUGUAUUUCUCAUUUAGGCGAAGCUUCCUCAGGAGCAGGAUAAGAAUAGAAGGGCUCUAAGAAAGACCAUCUUAUAUAAAUGGGGGGAUGACACCAAAGAGCCACAGGUUACAUUAGACAGAGUAGUGUUAAAAAUUUGUUUUAAACUUUUCUGGCAUUUUAAAUGCUGAUUUGUCUGAACAGUCAAUCAUCUGCUGCUGCAAUUAACCUGGGCACUGGGGAAAUGUUCAUGUCUCAUUAGCCAGUAGAAAGAGCUUAUUGUGCCCUCUAUUUCUAUUUCAGGCUGUGAAUAGCUUAUGUAGCCAAAACAGCACCACCCACACAAGGAAGGUAGCUGCAGGCUUUAGGGGAACUCCAAAACUUUGCAAAUGUACAAAGUACUCUUUAGGGGAAAGGGGGGGCAGGUAGCCCCAAAACAACAGUGAGGCCAUACAGUGCUGACAGACUGUUGGGAGGGGAGAAAUGAAAUGAAUAGUAGCAUUCUCCACUACAACAUUUUGUUGCUGAAUUUAAGUGCUUGAAAAUAAGACCAGCUUAGUAAGUUUAAAUCUCCUGGGGGGGGGAAUGUUAAGACAAUCUCACUGUUACACAUAUAGCUUCCAAGCUGUACAAGGUACCAAAAAAAGGAUGGGGAGAAGGAAGGGUUAACUGUGUAAUCAGCAAGCCCAAUGUGCUAACAAAGACAGUGAGAGAUCUUCAGAGCCAGUUUCUUCUGUGUCGCACAGCAACACUGGUUUUUCCCCAGCACAAUCUAAAGAACAGUCUGUCUCAAGCCAGUAUUCUAUAGCCAGAUUGAGGCAUAUAUAAUGCAGCAAUAAACUAAAAAAGAUUUUAUUCU